AUGUUGCAUCUUGCUCUUCCAGCAACUCCUAAUACAGUGUAUCUUAACACCUCUGCACCUGCAGAACCCAUAGGCACACUCAAGCUUUGUCCUUGUGAAGAUUUCCUGAAGAGAAAAGAAAAAGAGAAGUCCGGAGAGAUCUAUCUAAUAAAGGAGAAGAGGGAGUGUACUCAUCUGUCCCUCAUCAUCUCUAACACAGAGUUUGAACACCUCUCGAGGUGUACUGGGGCUGAACAUGACAUCGCAGGGAUGAAGGGACUGCUUGAAAGCCUAGAUUAUAGUGUGGUUGUGGAAGAGAACCACACAGCUAAGGAGAUGGAGUCAAUACUCGUGGCAUUUGCUGCCCUAAAAGAGCACAAGUCUUCAGACAGCACAUUCUUGGUGUUCAUGUCUCAUGGCCUCCUGGAUAAAAUCUGUGGUAUUAAGCACACUAAUGACAAACCUGAUGUACUGCUUUACGACACCAUUUUCCAGAUUUUCAACAAUCUCAAAUGCCCUCAUCUGAGAGACAAACCUAAGGUCAUCAUCAUCCAGGCCUGUAGAGGUGAACAUUAUAGAGAAGCAUGGGUCAAUGACUCUUCAGAGCCCUCAGCAGACACCUCUUCACAGUCACUAAAGAACCUGCAGGAUGAUGGUGUCCACAAGAUUCAUGUGGAGAAAGACUUUGUUGCUUUCUGCUCUUCAACACCACAUGAUGUUUCCUGGAGAAAUGAAAAUGGUUCUCUCUUUAUCACACAACUUAUAAAUUGUUUCCAAAAAUAUUCUUGGUGUUGUGAUCUGAUGGAAAUAUUUAGGAAGGUUCUACACUACUUCAAAAAACCAGGUGUUAAAGUCUAGAUGCCCUCCAUUGAAAGAGUAUCUCUUUCCAAAAAAUUUUACCUCUUCCCAGGCAAUUAA